AUGCACAACCUGGCAAUGGCUGCCAGCACCAUGACCCAGACUCCUCAGGAGCUGAAGAAGUACGUGAAAAAGCAUUGCCUGUCAAAAGACACGGAGAAGGAGUUGCGAACGCUCACUCCCGAAGAGCUUCUGGGAAUCAUCACGGAGGCAAGCAAGAGUGGCCAAAAGUCAGCCGAGCUCAAAGCUCAGAUUGCCCCAGCAGGGUCUGUACCCAAUGUGGAUGGAUCGGAGGACGUGGUUGUGAUGGCGCGCAUCACACGGUUGACGCCGGGACAUCCACCUACCCGACCAACCGAUGAUGACUUCGAUUCCGAGAUGACGCACGAAUCUUCAGCCCACGCGCCCAUGAAGGUUGAGAAAGGUAUCCUUCCGGAAAAGGCUCCCGAGCCGGCUCCGGCAAAGAAGAAGGCAGAAAAGGAGAAGCUACCACCAGAGGUGGAUGCAAGACUCAAGAAGAAGGUCGCCCAGCGGGACCAUACAGGCAGCUAUGCCCAGCAGGCCCUAAGCUUUGCCCGGGACCGGGGCCUUCCCCACUUGGCCGUUCGGGCUUUGAUGAUGAUGUCCAAAGAAGACGGCGAGUCGCUUUUGACGUCACGCUCUGCCAACUUCGACCGCUACAAGUCCACCCGGGACAAGAUGCGGCACUUCCUGUACCUGACCAAGGUCAAGGACAAGAGUGACGAGGUGGAGCAAAUGAUUUCUUACGCCUGGGACCUCAUCAAGAAGCAGUUUGGUCGCGAGCGGUCGGCCAGCCGCCGUGGAGCCAGGCGGUCCAGGUCUCGGUCCCGGAACCGCCGAAGCGACCGUCGCCGGCCCGGCUCUUCGCGCCGGCGGUCGCGGUCGAGGUCUCGCAGGCGCAGCCGCAGCGCCCGUCGCCGGCCCAGGCGCCAGAGGCACAACGAAAGGCGACGGAGCAGCUCUGAAAAGCCCAAGGCCAAAGCAGCGCCCAAGGCGAGCAGCAGCGGCAGCAGCAGUGAGAAAGAGGCGGAGGCCGAGGCGGAGGCCGAGGCGGAGGCAAGCGACAGCAGCUCGUCUUCUUCGGCGGAUGCGGACGAAGAUGAAGCAGCCAAGGCAAAAACGCCGGCGGCUGCGUUGCCCAACCCUCUGGCGAAGGCUCCGGCGCCGAAGCUGGCUGUGAAGGCUGCUGCCAAGCCCCCCAAGGCACCUGAAGCCCCGGUGGCCGCCAAGCCGCCAGGUACUGACCCGCAGGGUCGGAGCCACAAGAAGAAGGUGGCAGCCGCCUUGGCGAGGGAAGCCUUGGAUGCCGAGCUCCUCGAAGGCGCCCGGCUGGCAGAAGCCGUCGAAGCCAAGGACGAAGAGGCGAGGAAUGCCCACCGGCGUCCGAUUGAGUUCCAGAUCAAAGGUGGCGAUCGGGUCACCCGCGUGCUGAACCUGUCGGAGCGCAUCAAGCAGACUCCGGCGAGUGAGCCCCAGAAGCCCGUCAGCAGCAACAUGCCGCCGCCUCCCCCGGAUACCGACGAGGAAGCGGACGAGCCGCCACCGCCGCCCUCACCAUCGUCCGGUCAAGAGCCACUUGAGACGGCCGAGGAGCUGGAAGCUCUACGACGGCAAGAGGAGGAAGAGGCCGUGGACGAGAGCCAAUUGGCCGUGAUUCCUCGAGGCGACGUGGAGACAGAGGCCCUCAGCUGGCUCCGGAGCUUGGACGGCAACAAGGGCACCCUGCUACGCUACUUUACCGGCUUCAGGGACGAGUUUGAUUGCGACUUCUCGCAACUGGCCGCCGCCAGGCUGGAUGACCCCGUCGCUGAGGGCAUCCUGGGGCAGAUCGAACCUUCGAUUUUCGAUGCCCUCGGAGUGGAGCCCAUUGGCCACCGGCUGCUUCUUGCGCGGGGGAUUUUGAGCCUUGCCGCUUGA